AUGUCCGAGUCAGCCUAUACCAUUAUCCUGCACGGCAACGACGCAACAGGCAAGUCUACUCUGGUGCCUGCCCUCAGGGCGGCGGGUCAGGUAGUGUAUGCACGUGGGGACGAGGAUGCUACACUGGAAGAAAGCCUUGUUGUUCGAAGCUUCGACAAACUCACACUACAGCUUGCCGACGACGAGCGGGCUCCGCUGCCCACACGGUACACAGACAAAGAUGGGGUUGAGCGUAGGAUCGUGCGGGUUGUUCUUGAUGCUGAUCUGGCCGUCCUUCAGGGGCGGCUCGACAAACGGCCCAGCACUGACAAGUGGGAGUCUGAAAAAUCCCUCUUCUACUUUCGUGCGCGGUUCCUGGAGCUAGCCGCCUUCUAUGGGCUGCCCGUGGUGGACACGGGCAAGAAGGGCGUCGAGGAGAGCGUGGCGGAGAUUAUUGGCCUCGCACGCAAUCCCCAGGUGCUCGCGCUCUUCGCCAGGCUUGCCCUGCGCACACUGACUCUGGACGACGUGGCUGCCCUGGCCAACCGCCGCGCAGUGGUUGCGGGCGUCGCCUACGCGAAGCGGCUCGAGGAGAUUAUUGCGCUCGAGUGCGGCGCAACGUCCAUGUUCACGCCCGACGACGUGCGCAGCCAGUGCGCGCGCGACCCCGGGCUGGUGCAUGCGCUCGUCAACCAGUACGACAAUGUGCACGAGGACGGCGCGGCGGUGCGGCUGCGGCUGGUGGUCGAGGGCGAGUCGAAGCAGAUCUACAAGGUGGAGACGGGGCUGACGGGGUACUUUGACGCGCAGGUGCUCGUGGUGCUCAAGCCGACCAUCUACUCGCACAGCAAGCAGGCGACGGCCGAGAUUGCCGGGCUCAGCGCCAUCCGCGCGGCGGGCUCGCGCCUGUUCCUCGAGAUGCUGCACCGCGCCGGCGUGCGGCACACGUACCGCGGGCUCAACGCCCACGGGCUCAUCUGGGCGCAGAGCACCGACAUCACGCAGAUCGAGACGGUGUACAAGGAGCAGUGCCUGGGCACCGACAAGCACUCGUUCUUCGGCAUGGUCGCGCACGCGGGCGUGACGCUGGCGACGGGCCAGUACCGGCGGGGGCCGUAUGUGCGCUUCGACUGGCGCAACCCCAACCACACGUACAAGGGCGCCAACCCCGCGACGCAUCCCUUCUACCACGCCAUGGAGGCGUCGGUGGGCAAGGACGUCUUCUACGACGAGUUCCUGACGGCGCGCGCCAGGCCGUUUGGGGACAAGUGCGUGCCCGAGGAGCUGGUGCACGGGGUGCAGGACGUCGAGGCGUCGGUCGAGGCGACGGUGCGCAUCUUCUUCACCAUGCAGCACUACCUGCACCAGAUCGGGCUCGAGGUGCAGGACGGGUGCAUCAUGCUCGACCCCACGGGGCAGACCAUGUGGUCCGAGAUCAACCAGGACUGCAUGCGCAUCAAGCAGCGCGAGGCGGCGCGCGGCGCGCACGACGUCUUCGACAAGGACAUCUGGCGCGCGGGCGGCAGCGCCGUCAAGGGCAACAUUGUCGACAAGUGGACGCAGCUGAACCAGCGGCUGCGCGCGCACCUGGCCGCCCGCCCGUUCCACGAGCACGAGAUGCACGUGCUGGCCGACGAGGCGCUGGUGCUGACGCCGCGCUACCGCGCCCUGUACGAGCGCCUUGCCGCCGCCGACCGGUCGCGGGUCCGGUCCGCGCCGGCCGACGUGGGCGAGCCCGAGCGGCUGCUGGCGCUGAUGGAGGCGCACCUGUGGCAGCUCACCGCCGCCGUGCCGCCCCACGACGCGUCGCCCGAGGCGCGCACCAUGGCCCAGCUCGCCAACACGUACGCGCGCAAGGCCGGCCUGACGUCGUGUCGCUGCCCCAGCCCGACAUCUCGCUCGCCCUCAUCGCCCGCCGCGGCCAGCAAAUCGAUCCCCACGCCUGGACCCCCGCCAAGCCUGCCCGCAUCGCCGCCGAGCACCCGCGCCUGCAUUGGCGUCGCCCAGGACACAUACAAGAUCCAGCGCGUGCUCGGCGCCUCCGAGUCCUAUCUCGUCAACGACCCAUGCGGCGGCUAUCUUCUCUGCGAUGCCAUUGUCAUCUCGGGCGCCACCCUCGAAGCAAACGGCCUCGACGUCUGGCGUGUCAUCAAAAGCAAGGGCGAUGUCGCCCUCGGCCUCUAUCAGCGAUGGUAG